CAAUUUACUGCGAUAUAGAACAAAGUCAUGCACAAAUAUACGACAGUAUGACAGCACGUGACUGCUUUAGGCCAAGUCUUGCGCAGCUUUUAUGCAGAAAAAUCAUUUUUUUUUUUAAAUGUAAUUGUCAGUUAGUAGCAAACCAGCAAUAUAUACCUUGUUAAUUAUAACAGCAUAGAUUACAAUGUUAUAUUAAAUUGAUUUGGUAUUGGUGUGUAAUUAAGUGGUUUAGUGAAUGAACGCGCUGAGCGCGCAAUAUAGAUGGUCGCGAAUGCAGCGUUUCAUAACAGGAAGAGAAAAUAAGGAUUCCUGCUGUUGCAUUUUGUAGUGACAGAUUUAAACGAAUAAUAUAUUUGUUCAACAUACAGAAGACCGUGAUGGCUGCCAUAAUCACAGAAACACAAAGCAUAAAAGAAGCAGUAACUUCCAUCAACACAAUUGAACUGAAUAAAUUCUCCAGACUACUUUCACGAAUUCUGCAGAAACUUCACCUGAAGGAAGAGCGCACUUUCAGUGAAGAGGAAGAACAGAAACUGCAGAGUGCGCUGUCAUUGGACAAGCAGGAUCUCAGUCUGGUGCUGGAUACAACUGCCUUCAUUCUAGAACAGGCUGUCUAUCAUAAUGUGAAGCCUGCAUCCCUGAAGCAGCAGCUGGAGAAGAUCCAUCUUUCCCCAGAGAAGGCGGAGGCCUUCUGCCAGGCCUGGACCGCUGUCUGCCCAGAUGUCGUGGAGAAGGUCAGGCAGAGGAUUUUUGCUCCCAAAAAGCUGGAACAUGUCGGAUGGCAGCUCAACCUUCAGAUGGCCAAGUCCACCCAAGCCAAGUUGAAGGAUCCACAUGCAGUGCUGGAGCUCGGUGUCAGAAAUGAGGAUUCUGAGAGUGUGGUGGAGAAAGUGUUUGUGGAGUUCAGCCACCAGGAGUUACUUCAGUUCUACAACCAGCAUUCUCUGUCUCCUUGCAGCUAGAGACGGUUCAAGCCCAGUUGGACUCCCUCACCUGAUGCGGGUGACAUUCUAUUUUUAUUUGAUGACAGCUAUGGAAGAAGCAGUGUUGUCAUUAAAAUUCCCCAUGCACACUGACAGGACACCUAUCAUAACAAUGUGAUGGUAUAAUGAGGGAGAUCGCACAUUUCCCUGUUUGUUGAGUGCAAAGGAUGUGUGUGUGUGUGUGUGUGUGUGUAUAUAACUGUAAUCCAACUACAUUUCAUCCUUCAAUUAAACUAUUUUUCUACCUGUGUUUUCCGAUGUGCAACAUGAAUGUUGUUGAAAUUCAGGCAAUGUUAUUUUUAGGAAUGUUGAUGAAAUGUUACUAAUGUACAAACACAAAACAUGAUAUCAUGUAUAUGUAAUCUAAAGCACUAGAGGAAUAUAAAAAUGUUGUAAUCUGAAAA